UUGCUAGCCGACUGCUAUCUGAAUCCCCGCAUUCUCAUCGGCCUGUGUAUCUAACAUCUCAGUGGGGGCUGGUUAUCAAUAUGCCAAGCGUGAUGCAUGCGCUUGCCCCGAUAACCAUGAUCUAUAAGAACACUCGUUCUGAAGAUCCAAGUCUAGAAGACACAUCAUCUUCAAUCUAUCAAAUUUUCGAUCCCUAGAUCUUCUUCUUCCAAAUAUGUCGUCUGUGAAUGAGAAGAAGGACAGCCAAGACUAUCCAGAGAAGGACCAUGUUCUCACUGAACUCGGCGAUAUUGUUGCUACCAGGCAGGCCCUCAGCCCCGAGGAAGACCGUCGCAUCUUGCGCAAAAUUGACAUGCACCUUCUGCCGAUCAUGGGUCUAUCCUAUAUGUUCCAGUUCCUUGACAAGUCGGCUUUAGGGUACACCGCCAUCAUGGGCUUGCGGACCGACCUUAGCAUGUCUGGAGGACAGUACAGCUGGGCCAGUGGCAUAUACUACUUUGGCUAUCUUGCUGCAUCAUACCCUGCCGCAGCCUUGAUGGUACGAUUUCCAGUUGCCCGUACGAUCGCGGCCUCUGUCAUCGUUUGGGGUGCAAUCCUCAUGCUAACAGCGACAUGCUUCAACGCUAAAGGCCUGCUUGCUAUCCGGUUCUUCCUCGGUGCGGCCGAAGCUGCGAUCGGACCAGGUUUGACGGUCAUCGUAGCUAUGUGGUACAAAAGAUCUGAACAACCCUUGAGACAUGGUGCCUGGUUCAUGGGAAAUGUUUUCGCUGGAAUCUUUGGAGGUAUACUGGCAUACGGUGUUGGACACGUUCGUAGCAUCGAGCCUUGGAAGGCCGUCUUCUUGCUAUUCGGAGCCCUCACUGUAGCGUGGUCCGCUGCCAUCUACUACUUUCUUCCCAACGAGCCAUCAGGUGCCCGGUUUCUGAAUGCAUCUGACCGAACCAAGGCUGUAGAUCGUGUACAAGAGAACAUGACUGGUAUCAAGAACAACACGUGGAAAUGGAGCCAGUCAAUCGAAGCACUGCUUGAUGUAAAGAUCUGGCUUCUUGUCGCCAUACAGCUUGCGCAGAAUGUUGCGAAUGGUGGUCUUCAUGGGUUUGGGUCUAUCAUCAUCAAGGGCAUGGGUUUCUCCACGCUAAACACGCUGCUGGUACAGAUGCUCGGCCAAGUGUUCCAAGGCGUAUUCGUCAUUAUCGGAACAGCGGGGAGCACAUACUUCACCAACACCCGCACUUAUUUCAUGGCCUGGAAUCUUGCCGUCGCGCUUGUUGGCGCUGUGAUGAUUCGCGAGAUACAUCCUACCCAGAUCUGGGCGCGAUUCAUGGGUUAUUGUCUUUGCAUCGCCUUCUCAGCCAACUUUCCAAUGGUUCUCAGCAUGUCGAGCGGUAAUAUUGGUGGCUUUACAAAGAAGAACACUGCAAACGCAAUGAUCUUCAUCGCUUACUGCGCAGGAAACAUCAUCGGCCCUCAGUUAUUCUUCGCAAACGAGGCCCCCAGCUAUCCAUCUGGCUUUCUUGCUAUGAUGGUCUGCUGUGGAGCUGCUUUUGUCUUGUGUUUUGCAUUGCGCUUCUACUUGGUCUGGGAGAACAAGAAGCGCGAUCGCGAGACUGGUCUCGAAGGAAUCUCUGCAGAUGAUGCUGCGGAUAUGAACUUUGCAGACAUGACUGAUAAGGAAAUGCGAAAUUUCCGCUAUGUGUACUGAAAAAAUUAAGGGUACAAAGAUAUGUUGAAUUUGUAGAUGCGAGAAAGAACCAAUGAACCACCGUCUUUCGAGUCGACUACAUCCUCCUAAGCGCGACUUGAUGCGUCAGGUAGUAACAGUAACAGAGGAUUCCACGCAAGUUGGUGAGGACCCAGAGCCUUUGGCACUCUA